CUCAGUCUGUCACUGACGUUGGACCAAAAUAAACUCAAUCUGACGGCCUCCCAAUCCCAAUUGGAAUUUAUACUAGGAAUCACUUACUUGUUAUGAGGAUUGCGCGCAGUUAUGUCUGGAACAUCGACCUCUGAACGCUCCAACUCCGAAGACAGUCCAUCGAAUCCCGGCCUGACGGAGGUGCUCAGGAACUGUGCGAACAUCCAGUCGCUGGAGAGCUUGAACUUCGAAUACAACGACGUUUUCCUAACCGGACCCAGCGAGGGCAAGAUGAUCUCGCCGAACCCGUACUCCUUCAGCGGCAACAUUUCCACCAGCAGCUGUCCCAGCGAGGAUGUGUCCUUCACGGAGAGCAUUCUGGAGGACAACGGUCGCAUAUCGCUGGCUUACGAGAACCUGAAGUCCAUUCCAAGGCGACUGGCGGACAAAUUUGCAUCACAGACCAAGUUUUUCGAUUUAAGUCACAAUGAUUUCCGAAAUCUCAGGUUUCUCUCGUUUUUCGAGGACCUGGACACCCUGAUACUGGAUCGUAAUGUUAACCUGGACAUAAAUACUUUCCCUUACUUGCCAAGUUUAAGGAUCUUGUGGAUCAACAACUGCAAUAUCACUAACAUAACAGACUGGAUUCAUCGCAUAGAGAGGCAUUGUCCUGCAUUGGAGCAGCUCUCCUGCAUGGGUAAUCCUGGCAUCCGCACAGUUUUCGGGAUCCAAGGACCCCGCGAAUAUAUCCUGCAGGUGCUGCCGCAGCUGAAAUACCUCGAUGGACUGCCAGUCUGCCCGACCAGCGGGAAUGGAGGUCACACGGCACUCUCCUCCUCGCAAGGACAUGGCCAGGACUCCACCAGCAACUCGGAGAAGCCACUCCACCAACCUGCACUCACCUUUAAGGACUUCUUCAGGCCGAAACAUUCGAGGAAGUCGCACAGCGGGCGAACCUACGGCAACGGCUCCUCGACAAAUUGAAGUGGUCCACCGAUAGGAAGGGCGGGGCAUUCCACUGAUUGCAUUCUGUCCCAUUGUUGGACUAUUUUUAACCGUCCGCUGGAUUAUCAGCGCUGCCCUCGAAUGCCCUGCAGUCGUCGAUUGCACCUACAGCGCGAUGCAAGUAAAUAUGCAUAUGAUAAUUGCCAUGUACGUAUAUAAAUAUGCAAUCGUAUGGCGAUGGACACGCACGAGCCUAGUGAGAAUUAAUCUAGUGCAUUAAGGCAAUUUCUACAAUAAUGCGAGUCAAUGGACUCUAUAGUCAAGUAAACAGUACGUAUAUAAUGAGCCUCAUCUUCAGAAUAAAUGUUCUUAAUUUUAACAGCUUUAUGAAUGUCGUUCGGUGUCCGAUUAAUUUUACAAAUGUUAGUUCAUGGAAAUUAGUAAGAGCUUUUGUUUUCGAAAUUAAGGUCAGUCAAGACAAAAUAAAGAACUUAAAAUACUGGA